AUGUUUUUGUUUAUUUUAAUCAUACACGAUAUACACACAUGGUUAGGUGAGCUUCCCUUAUUAAAGGAUGGCUCCGUAUGGGUGGCAGGUGUAGACAGAAUCUUGAACCACUUUGAGAAAAAAGGAAAGGAUGGAAACGAAGCUUUAAGUGAAGAACAAAAGGCAGACUACUUAGCGUAUUCCACCUUAGUGCAGGAGAAUCUUUAUGAUUGCAUGCUCUACACUUGGUAUGCCGAUAAGACCAAUUUUAUCAAGCAUAUUCGGCCCACAUACGCCAAACUUUUAUCUUUUCCUUCGUGCUAUUAUAUUCCCAUUCAACUUAAAAAUAAUGCCAAAGCUCGGCUUGCUAAAUAUAAUGUAGAAAUCACAAAUGAUGAUACAGGUUUACCACAGAACGAAAAAGAAGAGAUGAAAGAAUUGCUUCAAUCUGGCUGGCAUUCCAUGUACCGUCGAGCACGAGAGACCUACAACACUUUGGCCACCUUGUUAGAUGGAAAGAAAUACAUGAUGUACGAUGAUAAAAUAACAACUCUCGAUUGUAUAAUAUUUGGAUAUCUCUCUCUACAUUUAUAUCCUAAUCUGCAACAUAAACGAUUGCAGCACAUUCUAACGCAUGAAUACCCAACUUUGGUGGAGUAUUGUAAUUGUAUCAAAAGAGAUUUAUUUGGAGAGGAAAUGACGGAAAAAGAGGCCCAAAACAAAACUUCUGCUAUGACCAGUGCAGAUGACGAAAUCGAGGAAAAUAUACCUUCUUUAUGGAGUACACUUAAAAAUAACCCCAGAGGGUUCUUCAGUCAAGUUAAAGAGGAUGUUGUCUCUUACAUGGGUACAGGAAAUACGGAUAAAAAACCGGAAAAGAGUAAAUCACAAAUUGAAUUCGAACGUAAACGUAUUUGGUCUAUUGCUGGUGGUAUAACAUUUUUCUUGGCAUAUGUGAUAUAUAACGGUAUUGUAAGUGUCGAAUAUAAUACCGGCGAAGAUGAUGGCGUUGAAGAUGACGAAUACUACUACGUAGAUGGAGAAAUGGAUGGAAAUGAUAUAAUUAUUGAUGAUGUGGAUGACGAUGACGAUGUAUAG